UACUAUGUCCGAUUCGUCAAAAAGAAAUUUGAUUAAGGAGCUAGGAGGAGCACUUGGAGAAAACUUAAUCAAGGACAUUUGCAGUGGAAAAAAUGGCAAAUUUAAUGGCGAUAAUCUUGACAUAAGGGUCAAUACCAAUGAUAUACGAAUGACCAACAAAGACAAGCAUUACCAUUUCUUUGCUUCAAAUUUUGUAAUGGAUAGAGUGAUACCGGAAAUUUGUGCUGUUCCGGAGGCACCUGCUGAGUUUACACCAGAUGUAGAUUGACAUAACUUUUUUCUUAGUGACACUGAAGUAACAGUUUACAAAGACAGUUUGAAAGUUCUUCUCGGAAGGGUCAUGGCAGAAAAUAUUCCUGCAUUUGAGUGGUUUUCAAAGGUAAUACCUGGACAUAUUCCCCAUCUCUAUCAGGAGGAAAUGGCCAAGCCUUCAAUAAUACAUCCCUUGCCCUUGUCCUUGAACAAUGAGUGUUCAUAUGAAGGUUGUCUCAAAAUACUACAGGAAUAUACUGAAUGGAUUAACAAAUGGUACAGAAAAGCAGGCAGAGCAAGUGAGUUAGAAGGACUCCAAGUUCCUGUAGGUGGGGACCAGUUAACAAGAGUAAGAUUUCAAGGUGCAAAAGCAUUGCGUGCUGGUUGCCACACCAUACAGGAGCGGAUGGAACAACUUAAUCCCAUCAUCAUUGAGUUGUUUCACACUUUACAGGACUUUAUAGAGAAAAUGUGCAAGAAGUUCUUGAAAUUAAACCAAGGGAGAGAUGUGGGAACUUUGGCCAACCUUAAAGUAGAAAUCCAAAGGACAAAUGUAAAUGGAAAUGUGAAAAGUAGAUUUAAGGCACAUGAAGAUUUUUUCACUUCUGUGGGCCAUUCAUACUUCCUGACUUACAUAAUGGAGAAGUUUCAUAUGGCCAAUUUGUCUGACAAACCUGUGCAUGAUGCUGUUCCUGAUAAUAUUGCCAAACUUCAUCUGACAAGAAAAAAGGCCAUUUUUGAUGAUCUGCUGAAUGAAAUUGUAGCAGACCUGUAUAUUCCAUUUAAAACUCAGGUCAGUAUGAUAUUGUUGGUAUGA